AUGAGGCACCAUGUGCUUCUCUCCACUCUCCUCCUUCUGACCCUCUUACCCCCAGUAAGAAGCGGUUUGGGUCCUUCUGAAAGCCAUUGUCUCAAUUUGUCCGGCACCUGUAGAAGAGACAUCUGCAAAGUCAUAGAGGAUACCAUUGGUGCCUGCCGAAAAAGGUAUCCAUGCUGCAGAGCAUGGUGGGUCCUGAUACCAGUCCCCACACCAUCUAUAUAUUCAGACUACCAAGAACCUCUGAAGCCUAGAGUGAAAUGA